AUGACUUCAGAUAUUUCUGUGUCACUCACUGGAGACAAGGAUGUUCUCUGGAAAUCUUGUUUUGAAAUGGAUCAUGAAAUGAUGAUCACAGUCCCAGGUCGUCGUAUGUUCCCCUUAUUGGAAUAUGAGGUAAAGGGAUUGGAUCCAUUGAAGAUAUAUUCAAUGAGCGCUCAUUUCGAGUUGGUCGACGAGAUGAAGUAUAGAUUCGUCGGUGGAAACUGGACACAAUCUCCAUCAACAGAGGAGAAAGGAGAUCCAAGGAUUGUAUUUCAUCGAAAUGGUCCACAACUUGGUCAGAAUUGGAUGGAUCAGCCACUCAGUUUCGAUCAAAUAAGAAUCACUAAUCGCAAAUCAAAUGAGAGAAUCAACGGACCUUCAUUCGUUCACCUCUUCACUCAACACCGAUACAUCCCGGUCUUGACAAUUUACGAGGGAGAUCAAAUCGUUCACAUCUCAAAGAUUGACUACACUUCAUUCAUCACUGUGACAGCAUAUCAUGGUAAUGGACUCAAUCAAUUCAAGACGAACACCAAUCCAUACGCAACUGGAAGUCGUCAGGAUCGUCGUCAGAAGCGUGAAGCGGAGAGCAGUUCUCUAUCUGCGAAGAGAAUGAGAAAGGUGUCAGAACCAUCCACAUCUUAUUCACCAGUUCCCAUUUUCCCAUUUCUACCAAUGCUCCCAUGUAUUCUCCCACAACAGCAUUUUCUCCGACAGUAUCAGUUCUUGUCCCUAAUGGGAAUCCCCCUUCAACAACAGCCAAUGGACAUGAAUCAAUUCUUCUCAACACUCCACAUAACUCCACCAAUCACUCCAGAAGCAUCGACUCAAGUUGAGAGUUGUCCAGUCAGGGAUGAGCAAGUUGAGCCAACUAUUGAUAUCUAA